AUGUCGACUGCACAAACCGAAACGACUCUAAUAAACACUCGCGCCGGUGGUGUCUACAUACCGCCGGCGCGCCUGCGAAUGAUGCAGCAGCAGAUUACUGAUAAGAACUCGGCAGAAUAUCAGCGCAUAACUUGGGAAGCUCUGAAAAAGAGUAUAAACGGUUUGAUCAACAAGGUUAAUACAUCAAACAUAAAAAAUAUUAUAUUUGAAUUAAUAAAUGAGAAUCUUAUUCGUGGUCGCGGUCUUUUUGCACGAUCUAUUAUGAAAGCUCAAGCUGCAUCAUUACCGUUUACUCCUGUGUAUGCCGCAUUAGUUUCUGUUGUUAAUACGAAAUUUCCGCAAGUAGGAGCAUUACUAUGCACGAGGUUAGUUGUGCAGUUUAGGAAGGCGUAUCGAAGAAAUGAUAAGACAGCCUGCUUGGCAACGACUACAUUCCUAGCGCAUCUCUGUAAUCAAAGCGUAUUGGACGAACUAGUCGCUCUCCAAAUUCUUGUCCUUCUUCUCGAACGCCCUACCAAUGAUUCAGUCGAAAUAGCUGUUGGCUUUAUGCGGGAAGUAGGUGCACUUCUUGCUGAAGUUAAUCCAAAGGCUAACAACAGCGUAUACGAUCGUUUUCGUGCUAUUCUUCACGAGGGUAGUAUAGAUAAAAGAGUGCAGUAUAUGAUUGAAGUGCUUUUCCAAUUACGCAAAGACAAAUACAAGGAAAAUCCAAUGAUACCGGACGGUCUGGAUUUGGUAGAGGAAGGCGAACAGUGUAUACAUCAUCUUGCGCUUGACGAUGAGUUGGAUGUGGAGGAGGAUUUGGGUGUGUUCAGAUAUGACCCCGAUUACCUAACAAACGAAGAUAAGUAUAAGGAAAUAAAAAAACAGAUAUUGGGCGAAGAUGAGGACGAUAGUGAAGACAGUGAAGGGGAUAGCGAUGAGGAUAGUGAGGAGGAUAGCGAUGAAAACGUCGUCCAAGAUGCUGCUCAACAGAUUGAAAUUCAUGAUCGAACUAAUACAAACAUAAUACAUUUGAGAAGAACAAUAUAUUUGACAAUAAAAUCAAGUGUAGAUUACGAAGAAUGUUGUCACAAACUUAUGAAAUUAAAUAUAAAAGAAGGACAAGAGCUGGAGCUCGCCAACAUGAUAAUAGAAUGUUGUUCACAAGAACGCACUUAUGAGAAAUUUUUCGGACUAGUUGGAGAGCGCCUCUCCAAAUUGAACAUUGUUUGGGCUAGAUCCUUUGAGCAAUGUUUUGUCCAAUACUUUACGACAAUCCAUCGAUACGAAACAAAUCGUCUUCGGCAAAUUUCCAAAUUUUUCGGUCAUCUUCUUGCCACAGAUGCAAUCUCAUGGGAGGUAAUGAAGGCUAUCCAAUUGACUGAGGAGGACACAACCAGCAGUUCGAGAAUCUUUGUAAAGAUUCUUUUUGAAGAAUUAAGUAGCAACCUUGGAGUAAUGAAGUUGAGGACGAGAUUGCAAAGCGACGAGAUGAAGCCAUUCGUUGGUGGACUAUUCCCGACAGAUAAUCCGAAAAAUAUGCGAUUUGCUAUCAACUACUUUACCAGCAUUGGGCUCGGUGCAUUGACCGAAGAGUUAAGAGAGCAUUUGAAGAAUGCUCCAAAAUUGUUGAUGACGCAGAAAAGAAAACUCUCUUCUUCUUCAUCUGGCUCAGAUGAAGAUGAUUCUUCCUCGUCACCAGGAUCAGAGACCGACUCGGAUGCAAGUGGUUCUGAAACUGAAAAUGAGAGAUACAGGAAGAGACGUAGAAAGGAUAGCUACGAUAGACAUCGUGACGCAAAGUCUCGCAAAAGGUGA